AUGGUGUCGCUUUUUCAAAGUCCGGAUCCGAGUAAGCGUGACGUGCAGGAGCUACACACCACGUACUUCAUGGCGUGGGUUCCUCUGGUCUCCACAGUGACAUUGCUCUACAGUGGCAAACUGCUGGGCAAAUACGGUCCAAGCCCAGACAACUUUGACAGGAAUCUUAUGGGUCUGAAGAUCACCAUGUGGGUGUACGCGUUCGUGGAGCUUGUGCUGGAUAAGAACAUGGUGAUCAAAAGCGGACCGGCGCUGUCUGUAGCCAUAAUCUUCUGCGUUUGCGAUAUGUUGCGAUUCCAAAUAGAAGCUAUGCGAUUGAUCUACGAUGAUGAUGAGCUGGAAGACGAGGUUGAUCGACUCGCCAAUAUGGUUAUUGAAGCUCUGGAGGACAGCGACGACGAAACGGCAUUCAAGCACGCCGUCCGAGAGGUGAUCCAGCGGAACCGUCAGCAACACUACCACUAA